CUACUCUCCCUCUGCCUCAGAACCAGGCUCCAUGUCGGCGGCAGCGCCGUAGUGUUUCAGUUAAAAACAGUGGCAGUCGUGAUUGAAACCUGGACGGCCGUUUAAUUCUUGGAUAAAAAUCGAGCCUUGUCGCCCCUAGUAGACCCAUAUACACAUACUAGGAGCAGAGCCAGGAAAAGAAAGGGGCCAAAGCCAGCCAUUGUGGUAAGCCUUGCUGUUAUGAUAUUUUGGGAUAUUUACCUUUUCAUGUAUUGACCGAGCACCUGUCUUCAUAUCCAGAAUGGAUGAGGAUGACUAUAAAAGUGCCAGCGAUGUGGAGGUUGACAGUGAUAAUGAUGAUCAUGAUGCUGAACAUGAACUGGGCAAUUGGUUAGGACAGUUUGAUUCCCACAAAAUGGCUCUCGAUUCUGAUGGCAGUAAUACAGGAACAGUUCGACGUAGAAAUAAAACAGUGGUGACACCAAAGAUGGCAAUGGAAAGUUUCAGAUUAUCUUUUCUCAACAAUGAAGAAAAUCAAGAUGUUAAUUUGGAUGCUAUUCUUGGAGAACUCUGUGAACUUGAAUGUCAGUUAAAUACGACACAGAGUGAAAUAUCAAAGUCUCUGGCUCCAUCGACGACGACUCCACAGUCUACAGUAGGAAUUAACUCUAGUGAUCCUCCGGUACAUCAUGAACCGACCGACCCAAUUCAAGCUGAACUUGAUGCACUGGCUGCAGAAAUCACCAAAGGACUGGGAUUUAACACAAGCGAUGAUUUCUUUGGGAUGCACACUGAGCUUACGUCACUGUUCCCGGAUGGCGGCUUGGAUAUCACCGAAACAGACUCUGCUUAUUCAGACAAUGCUUCUUUGCCGUCUUCAGAGUCAUUCACAUCAAUGGCCACAGUGUCUUCAUCUGCCGAUACCUCGAGCACUGGAGACGCCUGUAGCACAAGCAGUACGAGCACACUGACGCCAGCUUCUGCCACCCAAACUGAAGCCCAUGCAAGAGUUUUGGCCCGUUUAUGCACAGUUCAAGAUGAACUCUAUCGGAAUGGUCAAGUUUCACCUGAGGAGCAGAAGGCAAGACUGCAGGCUGAGAAAAUCCGUAUCGCCCUUGAGAAGAUCAAAGAUGCUAAAAUUAAAAAGUUGUUUGUCCGUGCUUUCGCCCGAGAUGGUAGCAGUAAAAGUAUUUUGGUUGAUGAGAAGAUGACUGUAGGACAUGUAUGCAAUAUUUUAGCAGAUAAGAAUCAUAUGAAAUUGUCUCCUGACUUGGCUGUUGUAGAAUAUAUUCCUGAUCUCUAUAUAGAGAGAGUUCUUGAGGACCAUGACUCCUUGGUUGAAAAUAUGGUGAUGUGGACUAAGGAUUCCAAAAAUAGGAUUCUAUUUGAAGAUCGAACAGAAAAGAACGAAUUAUUUAAAAAUCCCGAAAAAUAUCUUUUAUUAGGGACAUCUUCAGAGAAAGGUAUUUCCUUAGACCCUAAUCAGAGAGAGAAACUUUUACAGGAAUUUUUUAGAGGAUCUGGAGUAAACGUUCCUGAGGUUGAAAGUGUGCUUUACCUCAAGACUGACGGGAAAAAAGCUUGGAAAAAAUACUUCUUUGUACUGCGAGCAUCUGGUUUCUACUAUAAUCCUAAAGGGAAGUUCAGCAAGGCUUCAAAAGACUUAACUUGUUUGGUCCAGUUUGACUGCGUCGACAUUUACCACGGUGUUGGAUGGAAGAAAAAAUACCAUGCUCCCACUGACUACUGCUUUGCACUGAAGCAUCCUCAGAUCCAAAAGAAGACAUCCAAAUACAUUCGCUACCUUUGUGCAGAAAAUAAAUCCACGUUAGAUCUAUGGAUUAUGGGGAUACGUAUUGCCAAGUAUGGCAAACAACUACUUUGUAAUUACGAACGACUAUUGAAAGAUAUUUCUUCCUGGGAUUCUCGCAAUAAUACUAUUUCAAACCACAGCGCUGGUCACUACGAAAAACUUGAACUGAAAACUGCAAAUCUUGAAGACAGCAGAAUGUCUGUGCCACCUGAAACUAAUUCACGCCCUUUCCCUGUUAUGUUGAAAAAUGGCACCCUAUCUCGUAACCGAACAAUAAGUAGCAGCGUAGACUGUGAUAAUAUUGAGGAUGGCACCCCCGAAAUUAGCUUGACUCAGCCCCGCAAGUCCUCUAUAUCAGGCCCAAUUAUGAUGGAGUCACCCCAAAAGGCACCCGUGAAACGAGUGUCUUUUAGUAAUACGCACUGCAUCAUCAACGCCGAUGCUGGCGAGGAACUUGUGCCGAUGCGGCACCGUGAUUCAAUAACGAGUGCCUCCACUGAUUCUAGUGAAGAAUCGAACUCAAGUGGGGAGAGUAAAGUAUCUGGAGGCACUUCGUUAAGGGGUAAAAUGAAACCCAAACUACCAGUAACCACGGGGACGACUCGACAGAUUUCUGAGAUGGUUCAGAUGGCCAUGGAAGAUCGUGCACAGGUGUUGUACGAGAGUAUAAUGGAAGAGAAGAAGACUUCACCUUACGGCUACCAUGAGAAACCAAUGGAAAGGCGUAAAUCAGCGCCUGCAAUUCAUGAGGAGAAACGAGAAGUUCAUAGGCACGAACGUAAACCCUCCGAGGGCAGUUGUAACAAGACUGACAUGUCCCCUUAUCAGAGGUUACCUCUUAACAAUUCUAGUCUUCCUGCGUCACAACAGGAGCCGGAGCCAGAUUAUCAAACACGGCAUCAAAUACAACAGCAACUACUACAGCAACAACAAAAGCAUCAACCUAUAUAUAUCAGUAACCAAUCCCCUUACGCUACAACAGGAAAAAGGUUAAUGCAAGCCCCACCUUCUCCACCAGUUCAGAAAGAGGAGAUAUACAGCAAGAAACUGAACGGACCACCUCAUACUCCCCCACCAGUGGCCAUCAAACCAUCCACCCCAGCACCGGCACCCCCUAAUGUCCCACCCCCAACUCCACCAACUCAACACAACAAGCUGGGUAACCAGAUGAUGAGUUCUGCUGGUCAGACCUCAACCCUCACUGGAAGAAAAAUGCUGACAAGAGCUGACUCUGAAUCUGCUGCGGGAACACCAGGCCGAGCUCCGCUUUCUAUAUCUGGUCCCGUAGUCCAGCCCCUACAGACAACUACAGAACCAGGCUCGUCGGGGCCAAAUUUGAGAAGUUCUAUAUCCAUUUCUAGCCCCAUGCCACUGCCAUCUUCACAAAAUCCCACCCACGAAUUAAACACAGGCAGUCUGGGACGGUCAGCCACUCUCAACCAGACACAUCUAAAGCAGACUUCAUCAUCAGAGAUAAUGGGUGGCACUCUGGGACGUAUAAACACCUCUGUGGCUGUCCCAGCCUCAACGACAGUUCCUCACCCUUCUCUACAAUCACCAAUCAUCACUUCUGGCUCAAGCUCAACUGUUGCCCCAGGUCCAGCCAGACAGAACCAACCGACGCCUCCCUUACCUCCGAUGCCCCCUCAAAUGCCCCUGUUGCCAUCGGUGAUCGCACCAAUGUCUCCACCACAAGUUGCACCACCUCCACCACCAACUGGUGGGAGGAGUGGACUCCCACCGCCCCCUGCAGUGAAACCUACAAGCAAAGCCCCACCUUCAAACCCACCACCCUCACCUCCUGUCAGCCAAACGACCAAUCGCUCAGCACCAGCAGGAAUAGGAAUGUUGGGUCUGGCGAAGAAGUCAUCGGUGCUAGAACCCAACACAAACGGUUUGACGUUGAAUAUCAACCACAAAGAAGCACCAGUUAAGAACGAGGCACUCUCACCAAACUCCCAAUCUUCACUGCCUUUUCUGGAUGAAUUGUCUAAGAAGACUCUGAAAGCGAGACCACAAGUCGGUCCUCCUACAGCUGCCAAACCUAGUCAAGCACUACGUGAACACGCAAUCCGCUCUGUAGAGCAAGCGAAAGCUCAAGCUGAGGCAGAGGCGCAGGCUCUUGGACAGGCAAAUAGUGCACAAUACCAACUGCAACAGUCGCGGCAGGGCCUCACAAAGGCCCUUGCCCUCGAAACACAGCAGCCUCUUGGUAAUAAGGGCCUAAGCAACAAUGUGGGACAACACCCCACUCACCAGCGCACACACUCGGAUGGCAAAAAGCCUCCGCCACCACCCCCCAAGCGCAGUGAAAGCACCAAACUUUCCACAGACAAUGUGAAGCCCUUAAGGACAGCUAAUGCCGCACCUGGUGCACCCGACGCCCCGUACGACAACGGCACCCACCCACCUAUUUUGCCUAUUGAAGAGCUACCUCCUCCGCCUCCAGACUUCCUGGAAGGCCUUGCUUGCCCAGCUGAUGGCUCCAGCCUCAAGAAAGUACGACCACCACCGCCACCCCCUAAACGUAGCAAAGACACACAUCUUACUAACCAUUGAUUGACAAACACAGUUCAUACAUAGAUACACAUAUAUAUAUAUAUGACUAUAUAUACACAUACAAACACUGACACAUAUAUAUAUACA